ACACGUCGCUACUACCGUCUCACCGCCUGUAGAUCGUGCAGGAAAACACGAGGACGCGUGAACAAGACAUAAAUCGGUAAGUGCCAACCGAGCACCUUAAAACGACGCGUCUCACAGUUCCUACCCUUUGCUCACCAGAGUAUCGAUACCAUAUCGCGAUACUGACGCGACCGCGCAUUAGUUACGCGACCACAUUUUCACCAUGGUUGAGCUACGCAAGCGCAAGACACCUCCUCCAGCGCCAGUGCGCCCAGCCAAGAAAGCAGCGCCUAAGGGCAAGAAAACAGCGUCAAAGGACAAGAAAGCAGCUGCGAGCGACAAAACAGUCGUUGAGAAAGCCAGCGACAUUGUCACCGAAGCCGCAGCUGUCGUGACCGAAACCGUAACUGAGGCUGUCAAGGCCGCCGAAGAAGCAGCCAUCGAUGCGACUAACGGAAAGAGUAAGCCAUCUACUGCUUCUGUAUCAUCCUCAGGCCCCCCUGAAGUCGGCGACAUAAUAGACCUCGCCAACUUCGGUGGAGAGGUUGAGAUACAUGACGGAAAGAAGACCACGCUCGCGAAGCUGGUGGAGGAGAGCAAGGGCGGUGUCGUGUUGUUCACGUACCCCAAAGCCUCAACCCCCGGAUGUACUAAGCAAGUGUGCCUCUUCCGCGACUCGUACGUGCCCCUCACCGCUACCGGCUUCAGCAUCUUUGGUCUUUCCAACGACAGCCCCAAGGCGAACACGACCUUCAAAACCAAGCAAGAACUCCCCUACAGCCUGCUGUGCGAUCCUUCGCAGGCACUCAUUUCAGCAAUUGGUCUCAAGAAAGCGCCCAAGGGCACUACUCGUGGUGUCUUCGUAGUCAACAAGGAGGGCAAGGUGCUGGCUUCCGAGCCUGGUAGCCCUGAUGGAACCCACAAGGUCGUCCAAGGUCUCGUCGCUGGUAGUGGCGACGUCAAAGCAGACGACACAAAGGCUGCAGAGACUGCUGCUGAGGUCGCUGACACAGCUGCGAAGAUCGAUGGCAAGAAAGCCUAGGUCAAUCGGUGUACGUGCGUGUAAUUAGCGUUCUGCUAUAAAAGCCCCCCUCUCGUCAGGGCUUGAUCAAUUCUCCUGCUUGAUGUACUGGUAGCUUAUCACCAGGUCUUCAGCUCUGACAUUUCGAGGUUACACAAUGUCCAUAUUCCCGCCAUCGUAUCCAAACUCCCUCAUCAUCUGGAAGCACUACAGGAUGUAGAUAUUGUGGCUCUCAUCGCCCCCGGACAUUUCUCUGUAUUCCUCCUCUGACACCGAUUUGAUCCCCUCGUCGCCCGCCAGCUUAUGACCAAGUGCCGUCGCGAAAGUCGCUACGAUAUUGCGCUCGCUGACUAUUUCGUUGACGGCCAUCAAUCUCGCGCCCAGCCGUACAUACUCGAUAAGCUUCUUGACCAGCCGUCCGUCAAGUGUCUGCACGUCCAUAGAAAAGGC